UCUCUAGUAGAAUGCUUUCUUCAGUUGUACUGUUGUACUGUUGUACUCGUAGCUUGUGAUAAUCGAUUGCCCAACACCUUUUCAGGCCAGAUAGGUAGAAUUAAACAAAUGUCUUCUUCUGUGUGCUGUCUCGUAGCUACUAACACCAAGGACAAACGGCGCCCGCAUUUCGACGGUUGCCACAUAUCGAUCGGCGGUUUCGCGGGUACGACUCUCGUUGCUGGUUAAAAAAAAAACCCAAGCAAAGACAAGAAGCUUUAACAUAAUGCGGCCGGCUCGAGGUAAUGCACAUUGCGCCAGUAGGUAUUGUGCCAGUUUCGCCUCACUACUCCUCCGCUUCCCCUGCCUACCUGCCUUGCCUUGCUACCUUUGCUGCUGCCACCACCAAACCAUUAUUGCUCCAAAUCAUCACUAUGAUUAAACCCCCGAACACCAUUAUAAAGAGUAACACAUGGAUCUCCCACACUUGACUCGUACACAAGCAACUACCCACCUUACCAGUCCCGAUAUGCUAUGAUCCUGGAAAUGCAUACAUCGAGAAAAUACGUUUUUUUUUUGUUCGCCCAUGCCUUGACCGUCGUCGAGGUUCUCUAUAAAUAUGUGCUUUCAAACGUGGUAUCAAGAACCUCUCGAACCCCUCCCAUUGUAAAACAAAGAAAAUAGUUGAAUAUUGUCACAAGGGCUGUUCGUCACGGGUUGCGCUGUGCUGUGCUGUGCUGUGCUG